AUGUUGAACGUCGCUAUCGCAGUGACGGGACUUUUGCACCUCUUCUCGCGUAAAGAGAGGGCGAAGCGACGACACGCUCAACAAGAAGCGGAGUAUUCGCCCGUUCAAGUGCCGUCGGCCUACACUAAAGACGACUAUUAUCCACCAGCGGCUGGUCCCCGAUCUGCACAUCCACGACCACUUUCCUCCUUUGCGCCGGAUCUAAGUCGCCAAUCAUACUAUCACGCACAGUAUGCGCAGUACGCACAGCACGCACAGCACGCACAGCAGCCUCGAGCCUCUUGCGACCAACCCCCACUCCCCACAUACGAUCCAUCCAAAUACCAACCCCAGCCUAGCCGACCAACGUCGAUCCCCAACUAUGACCUGUCGUCUUGGCAGUAUCCGUACAACAGGCAAUCAUCCCAAUUGAGCGCUGCACACUACAACCCACGAGGCUCGGUCUACCAGCCCGUACCGGCGGCCGGAGUGGGCCCUUUCCCUGCACCGCUGCCUUUUGAGUCGGCGCCAAGUAAUAGGCGACAAUCUGCCAUGCCGUUUCGGCCGAUGUCUGAUAAACUGGAGCCCCGGACAGGUCGCGAGCGCAGUUCUUCGGAGCCGCUACAAGUGGAGCCUGGUCGACAGCAGGACUCGAGCGGACGGCGCCGGGCCAAGCCUGUCCUUUCCCGGCUGAUCACAAAUUUUUGA